AUGGCCAAAAUGGAAGCUAUGCUUUCAAAUCUUUGCAAGGAGUUUAAAGACACGAAGAAAUUUCAUGAGGAAGUGACAUCCAAUCUGCAAAAUCAAGAUGCUGCCACUCAGAAACUUGAAGCACAAAUUGGAUACUUAUCCAAGCAAGCUCCUGGCCACAAGUUAGGUAAUGCCACCAGGACAACUUCAAGAGAGAAAUGCAAAGCUAUUACCCUCAGAAGGGGAAAGGAAUUGAAAGAGACUUCAAGGGAGACUCAAGAAGAGAAGGCAGAGGGCAGUCCAAAUGCCAAGGAAGAAGCACAAGCACCUACACCCAACCCAUCAAAGGAGAAAGAAGUUCUAAGGUCAUAUGUCCCAAAGGCCCCUUACCCUCAGCACUUAAUGAAGAAUGCAAAGAACAACCAAUUCUCCAAAUUUUUGGAGAUCUUCAAGAAACUUCAAAUCAAUAUUUCCUUUGCUGAAGCACUAGAGCAAAUGCCACUCUAUACUAAGUUUCUGAAGGAAUUAAUGACCAAGAAGAGAAGCUGGAGGAAUGAUGAAACUGUGAUUGAGGAAGCUAAACCAACAAGAAUGGCCCUCCAAUUGGCAGGUCGAUCAUUCAAAUACCCUCAUGGAAUAGUAGAAGAUUUGUUAGUAAAAGUAGGAGACUUUAUCUUCCCUGCUGAUUUUGUGGUAUUAGACAUGGAGGAAGAAGUUAAGGCUUCAAUAAUUCUGGGGAGGCCAUUUUUAGCUACUGCUGGAGCCAUCAUUGAUGUCCAAAAGGGUGAACUUACCCUUAGGUUACAUGAAGAGAGAAUGGUGUUCAAUGUAUUCAAGGCCAUGAGCUAUCCACCAGAGUCACUGGGAGAGUGUAUGAGGUUGGAUGCAGUGGAAAUUGUGGUGCAAGAAGCCUUUGAAGAAGCACUUGAAGGAUUGACAGAGAGUGAUUUCAUGUUAAAUGUUGAGGUUGCUAAUGACAAUUCAGCUUAA